GGCAGUGUUGACAUCGAACGAAGGGGUUCAACAUCAAAAGUGACACACACACGCACUCUAGAAGCACUUUUCGAUGCAACACCUCCCGUUCGAUGCGGAUCAAUAAAAGCAAACCAUUUCGCACACAGACACAUUUGGACUCAAAGACCCGGAACUGGGAGUCAGGUAUUAUUGAUAUCACGCACCUGUGCUCAGCUGUGAUUGUCCACGUCUCAGAUACAAUAUAACUGAUCAGUCCCAAAUUCGAAUGGGCUUUGCGAAUUGCUUAUCUUUUCUUCCCACUUGUACAUACCUAACACGAUGCCGACUACCGACGAACCCAAAUCUGACCAAACCCAGUUUAACCUCGCAGUAAACGCCCUAAUCAAAUCCCGCGAAGGCAUUAUGGAACUGCAGCCCGAAAUCCAAGCGCUCCUCGAGCGACAAGGUAAGGUCGCCCGCGAGCUACGACUCACCAAGUCAGCAGCCGAGUGUGCAGUCGCAUCAGGCGAGGUGGACAAGUACAGUAGCGUUACCUUCGUUCUAUUCAAAAGCAGAACAGAAAUGCAGGAGAUACGAGACGAGCUGAGGCAGCUCACUAAGUUAUGCGAUGAGGUUGAGGAGGAGAUGAGGACGGCGUUCCUGAUACUGUUGGCGAAUCCGGACCUCAAGAGUUGAGCACGAAAAGCCUUUCUUGUGUAUUGUGCUGUCCAAGGUCUUGUCCCGCUGUGUAGAGGAGAGGCGAGUUGGAUUGCUUUAGUUUUGGGCUGUCAAACAUGAUAGCCUCACCUUUUUAGUAUUGCGUAAGAGUCCAAUACUAACCUGUAAGACUAGGGCAUACUACUUCCUGUAUUGUCGCCUUACAUCAACCACCAAGCAAAAACAAGCAGCGCACAGUGAUGCAAAACUCGAAUGACGAUCUGAAGAAACGGUUAAUACCAUUAGCUAUAAUGUUCCGCAAUGACGAACCCCGGCUGUAGCCUGGCCGCUAGCCUGCUUGACGUCCGAGAGAGCUGCAUAUGCUUAUGCAU